AUGAUAUCCAUCAGAGUGGUACCAUUUUAUGAUCAGCGAACUGUUGUAUCUGUGAAGGAUGCAGCAUGGACGAUGUUUUGCAAGAUUGGUCAAAUGCUUACUAUAUCGGAAAGCUCUGUGAAAAGCUCAAGUUCUUCUCUUAUGAGUCAUCGGUCAUAUUAUUACAAAGCUAUUGUUGCUGGUAGAUCGGGAAGCAAAGAUUCUACUGAUAGUUCUGUUUCAUGUCCAAUCCAUGGGAUACUGAACAUGCGGAAAUUGCAAAUCCUUAUGGCAGCUCCAGGGCAAUUGAAUGCAUUGAUUCCUGGUUCGGGUGGAAUUACUAUCAAGAAGACCAGCCAGGCCCUAUUAAUCGGUGUAUAUGAUGAGCCUGUGACUGCUGGGCAGUGCAACAAAGUCGUUGAGAGGCUGGGCGAUUACCUCACCGAGCAGGGUCUCUAA